AUGGCACCCACCAACGAGGAGCUGAACCGCAUCGCCAAGCAGGCCGAGGUCGACCUCAACAGCUACCAGGCUAAGCAGGGACUCAACAAUUCCUCGGUAGAUGAUGCUGGCGUCGACACCGGCGUCGAGAACAAGUUUCCCGGCGCGGAGGUCAAGUACGGCUCUGAGCUGAGCACAAAUGCCAGUUACAACAAGCGUAUUCCACCAGAGGAGGGUGGUGAGCUGGACGACCGCGGAAGGCAAACUCGCGGCACCCACUUCGAGGGCACUGGCGGCCCCGAAUCCAAGUUCGAAGAGACCGGAGAAAACGACAACGACGUGGUGACGAGCAAGGCGCUCGGCAGAUCUGACGUUGUCGGCGCUGGUAAGGAGCGGAAGGGUAACGAUAUUUUGGAUCGGGGCGUGAGCGCAACCACCAACAACGUUGGCUCGAACCCACCUGGCCCUGGCGGCUCCAAGUUCAAGGGCGAGGAUUACUACAGGCCGGAGUCGGUACCUGAUAGUGUCUCGGCGGAGGGUUAUUUGGCGCCAGAAAGUGUGACACAGGCGUCCAAGGAGACAGAGUUAGGGUCGUAA